CAGCAGGCAGAGGGCUGGCCACCGGGAGGCCGGGAGGCGCCCGUCAUUGGCUGCCGGCCAGCGUGGCCCCGCCCCCCGGAGAGCCCUUAAAGUUCCACCGGCUCGCCGAGCGAAGAGCCGCUGCAAGGAGAGCGGGCCGGGCGUCGCCGCCCAGUGCCCGCCGUGCCCGCAGGGAUGCCCCCCGCCGCUGCCGCCCGUGCCCAGUGACGUCUCCGGGCCUUUGAUGUCUUCGGGCCUUUGAUCUUCGGCCCCGCCCUCCCUUUUCCUUGCGGGGGGGGGGGAGGGGGCGAGAAACCAACGCCGGGUGCAUGGAUUGCCAACGGAAGAAAAAGCUGACCACCUUCACCAUCGGUCUGCUGUUCCUGGCCGGGGGCAUCGAGUAUGCGGUGAUCCUACCCACCAUCUGGGCUUACCUGCGGACACUUGAUAGCGAGGCCUACUUCCUGGGGCUGGCCAUCUCCGCCUUCAGCUUCGCCGGACUGAUCACAGGGCCGGUCUUUGGGUACUGGUCGGACCGCACCCGUCAGACAAAGACUAUCAUCCUCUUUGCCAACUUGUUUCAGAUAGCUGGGAACUUCAUGUACUUCGUCGACGGCUCUAAAUGGAUGGUGCUCAGCAGCCGGCUGGUGGCGGGUGUGGGGACAGGAGCGGGGGCGUCCAUCUUCGGCCACCUGACGCGGUCCACCACGUCGCAGGAGCGAGCCACGGUGUUUGCGGCGGUCAUGGCUUGCCGGCAGGUUGGGCUGCUGAUCGGGCCGGCCUGCAACCUCUUCCUGUGUCUCUUUGACUUCCGGCUGGGACCCUUCGUGGUCAACAAGUACACAUCGCCUGGGCUCUUCAUGUGUCUGGUGUGGCUUCUGCUUCAGUUCGUUGUGAUGACCAUGUACCACGAUCUCCCGCUUUUGCCACCCCCUUGCUCAGAGAGGGUCGUGCCCACGCCGUCGGAUGUGUUGGAAGAGGAGGAAGAGCCCUUGAUGCGCCAUGAGGGGGGCCAAGAGGGGGAGGCGGAGACGGGUGGCUAUGGGAGCACCCGCGCUGAACCCCGGGGGCCUGUCCAGGGGGACGAGGGCCGUUACGUGCCGAACGGCCACUUGGCGGAUGAGGAGGCAGCCAGUGUGAGAGAGAAGAGCCCCUUUGGAAACUUCAGUGCCUGGAGAGAGUACUUGAGGGAGGAAGUGGUGGUUCUGCUCACGGCCCAGUUCAUCACCCUCUUCAAUCAAACGGCCCUGGAGACCAUGGUGACACCCAUCACCCAGCGCUACUUGAACUUUGGGGAGCUGGAGAACAGCCUCAUGUACUUCCUCUGCGGUGUGGAGGUCAUUUGCGGCUUCUUCCUGGUCCGCUGCCUCAGUGCCCGCUUGAAGGACCGCGUCAUCCUGGUGGUCGGCCUGGUCAUCUGCAACGUGGCCUGCAUCUGGUGUUUGGUCUUCCUUGCCCGACCCCAAGGCAGCUUUGCUUGGCUCCUCGCGGAGCUGGUGGUGGGCGUCUUCCUGCAAGUCUUGGGCCUGCCCUUUGUCGCCGUCUCCCAGGUGUCGCUCUUUUCCAAGGUCACGGCAGAGAGGACGCAAGGGUUCAGCCAAGGCCUCCGGCGCUCCGUAGGGGGGAUCGCAACAAUCCUGGGACCGCUGUGGGCGGGCAGUUUGACGGAGAACCUGUACAUCAUGUUAGGAGCCAUGAUGGUGCUGCUGACCCUAUUGAUGAUCAUGGUAGGGCUCUCCUACGGUUAUCUGGUCGAGCCAGCGGGAGGCUACGUGCCAUCGGAAGCAGCCCAAGAUGAAUGCAGCUCAUGA